AUGGAUUCCACACCACAGAUCCCACCCAUCCCUUCCUCGCCAACCUUCCAGACGACACAGAGCGCUCUUGAUACCGUCAUGGCGGCUGAUUUCGAAAAGCAGAGUUACUGGCACGAGCGCUUCGCGUCCGAAAAGGCCUUUGAAUGGCUCCUCUCAUCCGCCGAGUUCACCUCUAUCAUCGAGCCCGCUCUUGACCGGCUUGACCCGGACACGGCCCGUAUCCUCCACAUCGGCUUCGGCACAAGCGACCUUCAAAAUCACUUCCGUGCCCGGGGCUUCCGUCAUGUUUUAAACGUCGACUACGAGCCACUUGCCAUUGAGCGUGGUCGCGAUCUUGAAAAGAAGGCUUUUGGAGAUGUUCAGAUGCGUUACGCUGUUCAAGACGCCACUCAGCUGGACCUGAGCGAAAAGUUUGAUCUCGUCGUUGAUAAAAGCACUGUCGACGCCAUCUCAUGCGGCGGCGUAACGGCACUGCGCCGCAUGGCUGCUGGUGUCAAACGUUGUCUUGCAGAUGAUGGUAUUUGGGUAUCAUUAAGCUUCUCGGCCUAUCGGUUCAAUCUUGAUGAUUUACCUUUCGACGUUGAAGUACUUGCCAAAAUUCUCACCCCGAAACUAUCACCGAAUGAUCCAGACAUUUAUCACUGGUGUUACCUUUUGCGACCAAAACACGACACACCCUUUGGCUCGCCGUAUUGUUCAGAUGACAAUACUCUUGAAUAAGCCUAAAAAGGCGCUGGAGGGCAGAGUAGCGUCCGGGUGAUUAACAACGAGGAUGGAUGCGGCAGAGCGGGAACCUCAUCCUUCCUUCGUUCUAGCGUGUCCCAGCUGGAUGGUCCACCUUGAAGGAAUCACCCAGCAUAAACAUGACAACCCCAAAAGAUUGGCCACAGCGCUAUCACAUUUGGGUCUGUGUCCCGAUCUAUCAACUUUCAAUGUCUCAGAACAUUCAUGAGUAAUAUGACUGGACCUUGAUACAAGCUACGUUGGAGGACUCACAUACAAGGGUAUAUAUGAGCCAUC